CAGUUGGCAGCGAACCGAGGAGCCGGCAAAGCGACUGCGAGUGUUUCGGAUGCAGAUACGAAUCCAAAUCCAAAGAGAGACAGAGACAGAGACAGAGAUAGAACGAUACUCUUGAGGCAACAACAACUGUGUGUGCGACUGAAGGCAGAGAUAGGGCAGCAGAUAGACGUUCUGGCAGACACUGGCAAAUGAAAGAUAAACCUCCUCAACGUCGUCCACAUCCACAAGAUACAAUAUAUAUAUACUGGAUAUACUAUCCAGCAGACAGCCACAUCCCGGCAUCAACAAACAUCAGCUGUGCCGUGCCUCGUCAGCGCCGCCGUCGCCGUCGCCGGUCGUCGGUCGUCGUUUUCGUCGUCAUUCGAUUCGGCCAACUCUCGGUAUCUCUUGUAUCUCUCACACAGAUACUCUCGUACACACAGAUACAGGCGCACACGAAAAUUUCAUUACUCACCGCCGGCCGCCCCAGCAGCGCCUGCCACUGCCACACUGCCACUGCCUGGUGCCGUGCCGUGCCCCGAGUUUCAGUUUGCCAUAGAACGCGGACCGAGCAGCAAGCGGACACUCAGCACUCGACACUCGACAAGCGAAAGAUAGAGAUAUAAUCACGUUCGUCAUACUAGACAAAAAUUUGAAUAAUACAAGUGUUUCAUUGUGAGUGCGAAUCGAGCCGAAGUGAGUGUGAAUAUCAAAGUGAAUAGCAAGUGAAAGAAAUGCUAAGGGAACACCCAAGCCCCCAAACCCCCCAGAAAACAUGUGUGUGAUCAAAAGUGAAGCCAAAAAGUAAAAGAAAACUAAACCUCGGAUUAGCCGCUACCCUGGGAAAUCCAACUGGAAUAACAACAAUGCUCAGCAGCAAUUCAAGAGGUGAUUGUUCCGAUACCACAGAAGAGAUGACCGUUGACAGCAGAGAUUCCAAAGAUUUAACCGCUCAGGAGCUGGGCGAAGAGAAACAGCAACAGCUACAGCUACAGCAGCAGCAGCUGCAGGAGGAUCCAAUGGAUCUUCAGGACAACAACAACAACAGCGAUGCAGAUGCAGAUGCAGAGGAUGCUGUGUCCGAACAGCCAGAAGAGACUCAGGAUUUAGGGGAAACAGAAAUGGACCACCACCACCAGGAGGUGGAGCAGGAGCAGGUGGAGGCAGACGCAGAGGCGGAGGAGGCACCGAUCAGUCCUAGUACGCCGCCACGGAGUCCUACGCCGCCUCCAGUUCUGGUGCCAAAGCUGGAGCAGCCAGCGACUCCCCCCUCGGAAUCGCCAUCGCCCAGUCCCUCGCCCACGCCCACGCCCACGCCCACCGCAACGCCCACUCCGAGGCUACCAAAGCUCCGCCUCAAUGCACUGCUCGCCUCGGAUCCCGCCCUCAAGCCGGACGCCAAGGAGCUGCAUCUGUCGGACAAGCGUCUGCUGGCACCGCCGCCGCACAUCAAGCCCGAGCCGCAGCCCCCGCAGGCACAGCCCCCCCUACAGCCCGAUCUCGUGGAGCCGCUGCUGAAGCCGGCGCGAUUCAUGUGCCUGCCAUGCGGCAUAGCCUUUAGCUCCCCCUCGACCCUGGAGGCGCAUCAGGCGUACUAUUGCUCGCACCGGAACAAGGACACGGAGGAUACGGAUGGAUCCAAUGCGGACAAGUCCGGCGGCGGGGAGAAGUCCGCCGCGGGCGGAGUCUCUGGGGGCAGUGGGAGCAGUGGCUCCGAGCCGCCGGCUAAGGUGGCGCGCAUCGGGAAGCAGUACGCGUGCACCCAGUGCUCCUACAGUGCCGACAAGAAGGUGUCCCUCAACAGGCACAUGCGCAUGCACCAGACCUCGCCGGCUCCCAGUCUGGGCAGCCUCGGAUCCCUCGGCAGCCUGCCCAGCCUCACGGCGAACGGGGGGCCAGGAUCUGCAGGAGUAGUGGGCGGAGGCGGAGGCGGAGGCAGCAGCAGCGCCCUCGAGGAGGGCUCUAGUCAACAGCAAACCGACCGCUACUGCAGCGACUGUGAUAUCCGAUUCAACAACAUCAAGACCUACCGCGCCCACAAGCAGCACUACUGCAGCUCCCGUCGCUCCGACGGCCGUGUGACCCCCAAGGGUGGCUCCGAAGGAGCAGCAGCCGCCGCCGCCGCCGCCCGAGAAGCAGGAGGAUCGGUUUCAGCAGGCAGCGCUUCUGCGGCAGCCGCUGCUCCUGGAAAGCUCAGUCCGCAGACGCGCAACAAGACGCCCACCCCGGCCAUGGUGGCGGCAGCGGCGGCGGCUGCAGCAGCAGCAGCAGCAGCUGCUGCCUCGUUGCAGGCCCCCACCCCACAGCCCUUUUUGGCGCUACCCACGCACCCGAUCAUCAUAGUGCCCUGCAGCCUGAUCCGAGCGGCAAGCAUCAUUCCAGGACCACUGCCCACACCCGCUUCGGGGAUCGUAAAUCUGGAGUCCACCUGCUUCACCGUGGACAAUGGGGCCAUCAAGCCGCUGGCCACCGCUCUGAUCAGCAAUGCGCUCGCCGGGAAUAUGAAUCACUUUGUCAAUUCCCUGCACAUACCCGCCCUGGAGCCGGAUCGUCCCACAGCAGGCACAGGCUCAGCCGAAGGAGGAGGAGUCCUGGAGCCAAAGAGCAGCAGUCCACCAGAACCCAAGAGGAAGGAGGCUGGAGGCAGUCGUGAAUCUGCGCCUCUCGACCUUUCGUUUCGACGAUCUCCCAUCUCCAUCUUGCAGCAUCGACAGCGGCAUAUCAGAUCCGCUGCUGCAGCCGCAGCCGCUGCCCUGCUGGAUGUGGAGGAAGUGCUCCUCGGAGCGGGCAAGGAAAACGUGGAAACUGUCGGCGGAAGAGCUGGAGGCAGUGUGACGCCCGAGCAGAUCGUCUGCGCACCCUCCCUGCCUAGCAGCCCCUCGAUGAGUCCCUCGCCCAAGCGACGGGCGAGUCCCAGGAGUUCGGGGGCGGGCAGUGCCUCUUCCAUGUCGCCGCCUGGCUUGAAUCACCAUCUGCUGGACAUCCGCUCCAUGCUGCCAGCCGACUUUGGCCUGUCAGAGUCUCUACUGGCGAAGACCAAUCCAGAGCUGGCCCUCAAGCUGGCGGCUGCCGCUGCGGCCGCUGUUGCGGCUGGAGGCAGUGCCUCCUCUUCCCUGGCGGCUGCUCAGGUUGCCUCCAAUGCAGGUGGCAAUUCUGGCAGUCAGCAGCAACAGCAGCAGCCGCAGAUCUACGUGAAGCAGGGCGUCUCCAAGUGCAAGGAGUGCAACAUCGUGUUCUGCAAAUACGAGAACUAUCUGGCCCACAAGCAGCACUACUGCUCGGCCCGCAACCAGGAGCCAGCCGGCGAGGGCUCCGACUCCAAGUCCGCAGUUUCGCCAUCGAGUGCCACGGCCGGCAAUGGUGGUGGUGGCGCCUCUGCCGUGGAGACCACGCCCGUGGCCUACCAGCAGCUCAUCUGUGCCGCUUGCGGCAUCAAGUACACCUCGCUGGACAACCUGCGCGCCCACCAGAACUACUACUGCCCCAAGGGAGGAGCCACGGCCGCCACUGCGUCCUCCGAGGCGCCGCUGGUGGCCAAGGAGAAGUGCGGCAAGUGCAAGACCCUGCACGACCACGGACACCCGUGCCCGGCGCCACCCGCUGCCACGCCCCUGACGGCGCCCUCCAGCCUCCAGUCUUCGGCGGGAGCACCCUCCGGGGUGAACAGCGUCAACAAGUGCCCCGUGUGUGGGGUCGUGAGUCCGACGGCGGCCCUGGCCCGCAAGCACAUGGAGAUGCAUGGGACGGUGAAGGCCUUCCGCUGCAGCAUCUGCCAAUACAAGGGGAACACUCUGCGCGGCAUGCGCACCCACAUCCGCACGCACUUUGACAAGAAGACGAGCGACGUCAACGAGGAGCACUACAUGACCUGCAUCUUCGAGGAGGAUAACUCCGCCCACUCCGCUGUGGCCCAGGAGAUGCCACCCACAGUAGCAGCAGCAGCAGCAGCAGUACCGCAGGAGCCACCGAUGGAGCAUCCGCCGCAGUUGUUCAACUGCGAUUACUGCAACUAUGCCUCCACCUACAAGGGCAAUGUGCUGCGACACAUGAAAUUGCUGCAUCCGCAUGUGGCCAUUAAUUCGCCCUCGAUUUCCCCCGAGUCGCGUGAACAGGAGACGCUCCUUCCAAGCUCCACUCCGAAUGCGCACGAAGCGUCCAAUGGCGAGGCAGUCAUCUUCCACAUCAAAUCAGAGCCUGGACUGGACAAUCCACCGACGCUGGGACUCGUUCACGAGAACAACAACUCGCCCAUUGGCACGCCACUGCCGCAUAUCAAGGCCGAGCCCAUGGACAUAGGCAUCGAUGCCAUGUCACCAACAUCGCUGGCCCUGCCACCGCCCGUCGCCUCGCCCUUGGCAGCCGCUGCAGCCGAGGCCAUGAAGAAGUACUGCUCCGUGUGCGACAUAUCCUUCAACUACGUGAAGACCUUCCUGGCCCACAAGCAGUUCUACUGCAAGAGCAAGCCCCCACGACCCGAAGUCAACGACAGUCCCAGCCCCAAUGCCAAUCAUCUGGGCGGAGUGGGUGUGGGAGUGGGGGUGGGCAUGGGAAUGGGGGGCCAGCCGCUGCAGUCGCCCAGCGAAUUGAUGCUGAUGCAGAAGAACAAGGAGAACCUGCAGGAGGCGGCCAUUUGAGAGAGCCAGCAGAGGCAGAUGUGGGAGGCGCAGCGCAAACAGCUGGAAUGGUAUUACAAGUGCUUCUGAGCAGAAAUUCAAAUGCAUUAUCCAAAUUGAUAACCGAAUCGAAUCGAAUCGAAUCCGUAACUGUAAACUGUAAACUAUAUAAUCAAUCCACAAUCAUAAUCCGUAAAUCCGUAACUUGUAAACCGUAUCCGCAUUGACGACAGUAUUCCUGGAGAAUCUCCCUGUCGCUGCCCCCCUCCACUUCCAAUGCCACGUCAGGACUGACUCCUACGAUUUACCGAUCGAUAGAAAUAGUUAUACAUAAUACAUACCUACAUAAAUAUACACACAUAUGCAUAUAGUAUAUACAUAUAUAUAAAUGAAUAUAUAGACAUAGAUACAUAUAUAUACAUACGCAUACCCAUGCCCAUACCCAUUAAGUGGGGAAUCAUGACAUAUAAUGCAUGCCAAAGCUUACCACUUAGAGAGAAACUAUAUAAAAUUGAGUGCAAGAAACUACAAGUUUUCGCCAGAUGGAGAUCAGAGGAGACAACCUAGAGCGACGAUAGUGCGAAGAAGAAGAAAAUGAAGAAUAAUCCUAUAUAGAUCCAAUAUUAUAUUGUAUGUAAAUGCUUCGCAUUCCCCCGUAGAAGCGAGCAAUUCAAACUGUGUAAUUUAAAUGAAUACAUUAUUUAUUAAGUGUGUGCGACAAUAAAACUAAUUAAUUUAUUCAAAAAAAAGAGG